GCUCUCACGCUCCUCGCUCCUCUUUCUUGUUGUCAGCUUCACUUUCUGGUGCCCAUCACAGCUCAAAAGCAACAUGCCCAGCAAGAGAAAGAAGAACAAGCGCCGCAUGCGCAGGGUGCAAGCCCAGAGGAGACUUCUGGAGGAGCAGUAUGCAGCCUCUCCGCCAGUCAAAGCAAGUCCUGCCUUAGCUGUAGGUGCACCUGGAACGGUUUCCAAAAAAACUGCUAAAAAGCCCAAGCCAGUUCCUCCAAAAGCCCCUGAAGUUGUCUCUAAAGUCCCAGAAGUGGUCUCCAUCGUACCAGAAGCAGUUCCUAUUGUGGAGGUCGCUAAAGUUUUACCAAAAGUUGAGCCACCAAAAGAGAAACCAGUUCCAGUGCCAGCCCCAGUUGAAAUUGAGGUACCAGCUGAACCAGAGCCGGCCCCAAUCAAGGUUGAGGUACCAGCAGAACCAGAACCAGAGGUCGUGGUCCUACAGCAGAUUCCAGUAGAAGUGGAGAUCCCUGAAGUUCCUGCCCCAGUCAUCACAGAAGAACCUAUCGUCAAAGAGGAACCAAUCACCAUAGAGGAACCAGUCAUUACAGAAGAACCAAUCACUAUAGAGGAACCUGAAAUCCUAGAGGAACCUACCAUAGAUGCAUCACCCGUGGAAACAGCUACAAUUGACGUAGCUGUUGUCCAAGAAGAGGAGGAAAUUGAAGAGCCAAUUAUUCCUGAAACAGAACCAAAAAUUGAGGUCCUAGCAGCAGAAGUACCGGUGGCCACUCCUGCUGAGAUACAGGUCGUUGAAGAAACUGCAGUUAUCACAGAAAUUGAACAGACGCAUGGUGUGUGUGAACCAGAGCCCCCAGUGGAGGCCCAGGUCACAACUUUCACUGAAGAAGAAAUCACUGUUGCCGACGACAACGUUGAAGAGCCAAUCACAGAACAAAUCGAAGAAUCAUUGGAGUCUGUUGAGGAAACAGAAGUGGUAGAAGUUGUGACCAUAGUUACUAAAGCUGAAGCUGAAAUCGAAGAAGUGUGCUCUCAAAGUGAUGAAAUUGACCAAGACCAAUCUGUGGAUAGCUGCUCUGUGGAGGUUGCAGUGGAUGAGACAGAAUCUGUUGAGCCUGAAUUAGUUGAACCCGAACCAACAGAACUGGAAGAAGUUCUCAACGUGACUGAGCCAGAUGUUGAGGCCGAUGUUGAAGAAGUGUCCUCUGAAUCUGAAGAGAGUGAUGAGGAGGAGGAGCCGGUCGAGGUGGCCGUAGAUGAGCCUAAAUGUGUUGUACCCGAACCAGCAACAGAAGUGACUGAAGUUGAGGUUGUCACACAAGUGGUGGAGUGUGUGGAGAGUGGAUCUGUGUCUGAGGAGGAAGAGGAGGAGAGUUGUUCAUCUGAAGAAGAGGAAGAUGACUGUGAGAUGGAGGUGUUGCCUGAAGAAACUCCUGCAGAGACUAAUCAGAUCACACAGGAUGCACCCAUUCCAAAUGGGGGACUCUCUGUGGAACCUGAUGCUCUUCCUCUGCCUCCACUAACCGCCGCUCCAGAGCCUGUUACUCAGAUAGAGGAGGCUCCAGUGGACACAGCUGACGUGAUGGUGGAUGACUUUGUUGUCACAGACACUUCUGCUGAGGUGAUUGAACCCACAACCAUUGAACUGUUGCCUGUUUUUGAGAAGCCAACAGUGGCAGUGUGUGAGAUCUUUGGCCUUGGACCUGCAAAGACAGUGCCUGAGCCAGAGCUGGACACAUCCACAGAAGAAGUGCUCACUGAUGACGCUGCAGACAGCUUAGAGACAUGUCCGAUGGAGGAAGCAUCACUAACCAAUACUUCAGUUAACAUGUUUGUGGAAACAGAGUGGAUAAAACAGACUCCAGAGGUUUCAAGUCUUGAAAUUUAGACCCAUAUGAACACACUUUGUUUUUUUAUUCCCCUCAGUAAUUUUGGAGGACUUUAGAGGUUUGGCGCAGAUCAACCUACUGAAUUUUGUAUUUUGAGUUUAUUGGGAUGUUCAGGAUAUUGCAUGUCCCUCCACACUUUGAAGUGCCUUUCUCACCCUGGUUCCUGCCGGACUCCAGACCAGAUGUCAACCUGUGAGAAGAAUCACAUCUGAAACUGCCCCAGAAUGUUUGCCACUCAUAUGAAAAAUCUGCACAACACAUUCAUAAAAAUUCAACUCUUAUUAUUUUGUUAACAUCUUACAAAUACAAAUUCCUAGUUACCUCCUAUUUGGAAAAAAAGAAAAUAUUAUUUGAAAAACUGUUGGAAUUUAUCACAAAGUAUUACCACUCACCAUUCAAGUUUUCCUACUGUUGAAUUUCAAGUAUUCAUUCAUGAAGGAAGAUGGGAAGUAUUCUGUAUUCUGUAUUCUGAUGUCCUUUCCAAUGCCAUUUUCACACAUUGUUUUUCUGUUCAUCCUCCAGUUCUUUUAGAAUAAGAACCGAUUGUGUAAAGCUAGAUUUCUUACAAGUUUAGGAUUACUAGCCACCGCUGCUGGAGAGUAAUGUUUUUUAAGCAUGAACUCAAUUUUCUUAUUCGAUUUGUAUGGACCAGAGGAGGCGAUACGGUUCUGUGUUUUAUGUUAAUUGCUGAGCUUUAAACGUUCUUUUUUUUAAGAAUCACCAAGGUUGACAUAUUCUUUUAAGUUUAUAGCCUUUGGAAUAAACCUUUAAUUUUUGUGGUAAUGAGUACAAAAUGUUUCCUUAAAAUACACACAUUGUUUACAUUGUAUACAAUUCAGAUGUAUACAGUUCAGUUCUGCAAUAAAAUUUAUCAAAAAUAAAAA